AUGUGCUUUCCCCUGAAUGGGACGUCUCCCCUUCCUGAGGUAUGCAUCAUGCCGAGGGCCUCCAAAAGACCGGCACCAGGAGACUUGUAUCCAGAAUUUUUGGAUCUGAUGGAGCCCAGGAAUAAGCUUGCUCGUCUGAGUUGCCGCUACGACCAAUUCAAUCCAAUCUACGACGAAGUCUACAGCGGAUCCGACGGAGAACUGCUGGAGGAGGAAGAAGAAAAUGUCUACGAUGAGAUCGCGCCCGAUUCCCUCUUCGGUGCUGCUGCCUUCUGCCGGCCUCGGAACCGCCUCGUCGCUACUCGUCGUCUACGCAACCGCCUCUCACCACGCACACGCGCCAAGACAGUCUUCCAGCCCCGGCACCCACCGUCGUGCCUAGAUCUGAUGCAGGUCUCCCGCUUCAGCUGUUCCUUCUCCGACUCUGCAGAGGACUCCGAAUCGGAAAAUAUCUACGCCCUGCAUGGUGACGAGUUUCUGACAGAAUUUUGCGAUGAAGACACCCGGCCCUCGAGCAUAUACGACGAAGUCGCUUCAGACUACGACGAUGACGACGAGGUUGACUCGGUCAGUGACCUCGAUGAAGGUUUAGAGCUUACUACAUGCUUUGAGGCAGCCCAACAUCCAGGAGGCACAGCGGCCCUUGGGCGCUGUACUUUCCCCAACACCGUCCGUCCGGUCGUUUUUCCGCCGUCUGCAACCGCCAACCACUGUGUCAAGUGGAUGCGCAGGGAAUCCUUCAUUGUCUAG